AUGGAGAUCAGGUGGUUUAAAGGGACAGACUGCAUUUACCUGUACCAGAAUGGUCAGGUGACAGAGGGGAGGGGCUACGAGGGCAGAGUGAGUGUGUUCACAGACGAGCUGGAGAAUGGAAACGUAUCUCUGAAGCUAAAGGAUGUCCAGGAGUCAGAUGGAGGAGAAUACAGGUGUGAGGUGACUUGUGGAAAAGAGAAGAUAGAAAACAGCAUAGUUCACCUGCAUAUAUCAGAAAUUGAAGAUUUGAUAUGGCACAGACCCUCAGCCUCCCCUGUUCAGGCCUUGGCUUAUCGCCGGUUUAACACAGUCCGUGCUAACGCUGGGGACACUGUCCGCCUGCCCUGUCGCCUCGCACCUGAAAUCAGUGCAGCGGCCAGAGAGAUCCGGUGGUUUAAGGGGACGGACUGUAUUGAAGUGUAUCAAAGAAGCUAUGAACAAACAUCGUCUGUGAGAGAUGUGUCUCUGACACUGAGAGAUGUUAAAGUCACAGAUUCUGGACAAUACAGGUGUGAAAUGCUUGGAGAGAAGAAAGAGGAGAUCUCAGUUAUUCAUCUGCACGUGUCCGAGUUUAAACUGGUCUUCGAUUCAAAAGAUGUUGGAAAGCUGUCUUACGUUCGACCUCUGGGAUACAAAGACAGGAAGAGGAGCCUCCCGGAUUUUAAUCAUCAUUCUUUUUUUGGUGAUGCCAUCCUGCCCUGUUACCUCUCUCCUGAAACCAGUGCUGUUGCCAUGGAGAUCAGGUGGUUUAAAGGGACAGACUGCAUUUACCUGUACCAGAAUGGUCAGGUGACAGAGGGGAGGGGCUACGAGGGCAGAGUGAGCAUGACGGACGAGCUGCCGAGAGGAAACGUGUCUCUAAGGCUGAUAGAUGCUCAAAAGUCAGACAGUGGAAAAUACAGCUGUGAGGUCACUCAUGGAGAGUACAAGGUGAAGACGAACGUAGUUCAUCUGACCAUAUCAGCCUCUUAUUCACAGACUCAUUCAGGGCGUCCGACAGAAUGA